CCUUUGGCGGAGGAGAGGGAUGGGGAGGCAGCAACGGAAGGUGCGGUUUUGGGUGGUCGGGUGGGUAAAGGGAUUGGUGGAGAACGGUUGGACAGAGCUCCUGCCACUGGCCCUGCUGCUGCUGCUAUUGCUGCUGGUGCUGCUGGUGCUGCAGAUGCUGCAGGUGCUGCUGCUGCUGGUUCGGCUACUGCUGCUGGUGGAGCUGCUGCUGCUGGUGCUGCUGGUCCGUCUGUUGCUGUUGCUGCUGUGUUGGCCUCUCCCUCUGCUCCUUCUGCUGGUGCUAGCGCUGUAUCUAAAUGUCCCCUGCUUGCAGUAGCAGGUGUAUCAGCAGCAGCAGCAGCAGGUAUAUCAGCAGCAGCAGCAGCAGCAGGUGUGGGCACAGCAGCAGUUGCGCCAGCGCCAGGGUCAGGGAGUGCGGUGGUUGCAGCAGGGGGGGGAAGUGUGCCACUCAAGACUGAUAAGGCAGGUAAGAAGCAGGGGGGGGAGCAGGGCAAGGGACAAGGCGCUGAGGGGGGCGUAUUGCGCAGUGCUGCUGCUGGCAAUGCUGGUGGUGGCAUGGGUGGCGUGGGUGGCGUGGGUGGCGUGGGUGGUGGGGGGAGGGGUAGUGGUGCGAGGGCCACGUCAUUUCAGCUGGAGCUAACGCAGGUUUACAAGCAGCCGGCAGCAGCCAGUGCUGCAGCUGAUUCAGAAGCUACCGUAGCAGCUGUGCACAAGGUAACGCCUCAGGUUGCUUCUCAGGUUGCUUCUCAGGUUGCUUCUCAGGUUGCUCCUCAGGUUGCUUCUCAGGUUGCUCCUCAGAUUGCUCCUCAGAUUGCUCCUCAGAUUGCUCCUCAGAUUGCUCCUCAGAUUGCUCCUCAGACUGCUCCUCAGAUUGCUCCUCAGAUUGGUUCGCAGCCAUCUCAGGAGCAGGUGGCGAUUGGGAGUGUGGGAGGGCGGAAGCGGAAGGUGCCUUCAGAUGACUUCGGGGGGGGGGUGGAGGUGAAGAGGAGGGGAGAAAAGAGGGAAGAGAGGAAGGAAGAGAGGAAGGAAGAGAAGAAGGAAGAGAGGAAGGAAGAGAGGAAGGAAGAGAAGAGGGAAGGGAAGAGGGAAGAGGAGAGGGGAGAGAAGGGUACGGAUAGUGAGCGAGACGGGGGUGUAAACGAGGGCGAGAGAAAGGGUGUGACAGGAGAGCAGAGGGGAAGCGAGGAGGAAGGGAAGGCAGGUAGACAGGCUGGGGAGCAAGCUGGUGCGCGGGCUGUAGCAGGGAAGACGGCAGAGGGGGCUGUAGCAGGGAAGACUGCAGAGGCGGCUGUAGCAGGGAAGACUGCAGAGCCAGCUGUAACAGGGAAGACUGCAAAGGCGGCUGUAGCAGGGGGGAAUGCAGGGGGGGAUGUAUCAGAGAAGCCUGCAGAGGGGGCUGUAGCAGGGAAGACUGCUGAGGGGGCUGCAGCAGAGGGGAAGACUGCAGAGGGAGCUGUAGCAGGGGGGAAGACUGCAGAGCGGGCUGUAGCAGGGAAGGCUGCAGAGCGGGCUGUAGCAGGGAAGGCUGCAGAGGGGGCUGUAGCAGGGAAAACUUCAGAGGGGGCUGUAGCUGGGGAGACUGCAGAGCCGGCCAUAGCAGGGGAGGCUGCAGAGGGGGCUGUAGCAAAGAAGGAUGUAGCACAGCAGACUGCAGAUGUGGAGGGAACGAGGGGAGGGGAGCGAGCAUGGCUGGACCUAGAGGAAUCGGCUAAGGUGCUGAAGACUGCAGAGGGGGCUGUAGCAGGGAGCACUGCAGGGGGGGCUGUAGCAGGGAGCACUGCAGGGGGGGCUGUAGCACAGCAGGGUAAAGCAGCGCAGCCUGCAGAUGGGGAGGGAACGAAGGGAGAGGAGCGAGCAUGGCUGGAUCUAGAGGAACCGGCUAAGGGGCCCGAGGAGGACGUAGGGAGGGAUGGAGGAGGGAAGGAGGAGACAGUAGGGAAGGAGGAGGGAAUAGGGAAAGAGGGAGGAGAGAAGGAGGAGGGUGGUGGAGAGAAAGAGAGGGCAGGCGAGAAGGAAGGAGUGGGGAAGGGGGAGAGAGGAGAGAAGGAGGUGAGUGGAGGGAAUGAGGCGGCAGUAGGGAAGGAGGAGGUGAGGGGGAAGGAUGGAGGAGAGAAGGAGCAGAGUGGUGGAGAGAAGAACUGUUCAGGCAGGAAGGAGAAGGUAGGGAAGGACGAGAGAGGAGGGAAGGAGGCGAGAGUAGAAGAGGAGGAGAAAGGGGCAAGUGCAGGAACGGAGGAGAGGGGCGAGAGAAGGGUAGGUGUGGUUAUGGAGGGAGAAGGAAUGGGAGGAGGAAUGGGAGGAGGAAUCGGAGGAGGAAACGGAGGAGGAAAGGGAGAAGGAAAGGGAGGAGGUGGAGUGACUGGAGUCGUGAUGAGUGGAGAAGGGGAGAAGAAAGAAGGGCGAGAGGGUGGUGAGAAGGAGGGAGGAGAGGGUGGUGAGAGGAAGGAAGGGGGAGGGGGAGAGGGGACGAACGAAGGGGGAGAGGGAGAGGGGACGAACGAAGGGGGAGAGGGAGAGGGGACGAAAGGAGGGGCAGAGGUUAGUGAGGGCCGUGAGAAAGCAAAGGGUGACUUGUUGGUUGCUAAGGCACAGUCUGGCAUUGAGGCGCCUCGAAACAAGGCACAGUCUGGCAUUGAGGCGCCUCAAAACAAGGCACAGUCUGGCACAGAAAAGCAGCACGUGAUUCAGGGGCAGGCAGCAGCGGUUUCAGCAGCAGAGAAGCCUGGGAUGGCGGCAGAGGACAGGGGAGGGAUUGAAGGGGGAGGGAUGGUAGCGGGAGGGAUGGUAGCAGGAGGGAGGGCAGUGGAAAAGGCAGCAGCUUUGGUGGAUACGAAGAGGGCUCAAUAUCUGACCCAGGGGAAGCCGGAAAUUUCUAUGGGCGAGGAGGGGGAUGAGGGAGAGGGAUCACCAGUGGGGAACGCUGGGGUUUUAGCAGGGGAGCAGAAAGCUGAGGUGCCAGUUGAGGUGGUGAGUCAGGUGGUUUGUCAGGUGCCGAAUCAGGUGAGAAGUCAGGUGUUGGAAGGUGCAGGUGCCAGCAUGAGAGAGCAAGGGCUGGAGAUGAAAGGAGGGAAGGUGGAUGUAGAGGGGAGGCCAAAUGAGCGACUUUCAGCAGAAAGGGGAGAUAUCCAGGAGGGAGUGGCAGGCAGUGGCGGUUGGGGGAAUAAGAUGCUUGGGGGGGGGUUAGAGUCGACUAUAAAAUCUGCAGAAAGGGGAGCCAUCCAAGAUGGAGUGGCAGGCAGUGGCGGUGGGGGGGGUGGCAUGGCUGGGGUGGUGAGUGGGGAGAAGGUCGGGAGGGGAGAAGGUGGGGAAGUGGAAGGGGGUGAGGAGGCAGGGGUUGGGGCAACGGAGCACGAGGGGGGAAGAAAGGUAGGGGUGGAGACUACGGGUGAGGCUGGGGUGACCAAAGGGGAGGAAGGGGAUAGAGAUCACGAGGGGAAGGGGAAGGGAGUAGCAAAAGGAGAGGAGGGAGGGAGGGGAGGUGUCACGAAGGGGGACAGGGUGAUGGCAGAGUCAGUUGCCCCAGCCGCAGGUUCGACUGUUGCCCCAGCUGCAGGUUCGGCUGUUGCCCCAGCUGCUGCCCCAGCUGCACGUUCGGCUGUUGCCCUGGCUGCAGGUUCGGCUGUUGCCCCGGCUGCAGGUUCGGCUGUUGCCCCGGCUGCAGGUUCGACUGUUGCCCCAGCUGCAGGUUCGGCUGUUGCCUCGGCUGCAGGUUCGGCUGUUGCCCCAGCUGCAGGUUUGGCUGUUGCCCCGGCUGCAGGUUCGGCUUUUGCCCCGGCUGCAGGUUCGGCUGCUGUCCCAGCUGUAGGUUCGGCUGUUGGCCUAGCUACAGGUUCGGCUGUUGCCCCAGCUGCAGGUUUGGCUGUUGCCCCAGGGAUAGGUUUGGCUGUUGCCCCAGCUACAAGGUUAGCCGAAGGUUCGGCUGAACGAAAGGAGGGAGAGACAGGAGAGGGGCGGAAGGAGGGAGAGGAGGUUCCAAAACGAAAGGGAGUAGAGGAGGGAGAGAAGAGAGAGGAAUGCAAGGAGGGAGAGAAGGGAGAGGAGCAAAAGGAGGGAGAGGAAGGAGAGAAGGGAAGGAAAGGAAGGGAGGUUAAGGGAGAGAAGGCAGGGGAAGGAGGGGAGGUGAAGGAGGGCGCGAAGGGGGGGAAAGGAGAGGAGGUGGAGGAGGGGAGGAAUCAAGGGAAAGGGAAGGAUGUAGAGGAGGGGGAGAAGGAAGGGUUAGGAAAGGUGGUGGAAGAGGGAGAGAAGGGAGAGAAGGGAGAGAAGGGAGAGAAAGCAGUGGAGGUAGAGGAGGGGGAGAAGGAACGGGAAGGGGAGGAGGUAGAGGAGGGGGAGAAGGCAGGGAAAGAGGAGGAGGCACGGAAGGGGGAGAAGACCGCAGAACAGCAGGGAAGCAGGGAGCAGAAAGGUUUGAUGGAUUUGGAUGAGGAGGCAGGGCGAGGGGAGGAGGCAGGGCGAGGGGAGGAGGCACGGCGAGGGGAGGAGGCACGGCGAGGGGAGGAGGUACGGCGAGGGGAGGAGGCACGGGGCAAACUGGGGGCAGGUCGAAUAGAGGACGCGGGUGGGAAAGAGGAGGCGGGUGGAAAAGAGGAGCUGGUGGUGGGUGAGGGAGGUGCUGAGGGCAUGGACAUCGGUGGUGCUGAGGGGUCUGGUUCAAGGCAUGGCGCCGCGGCUCCUGCUCUUGCUGCUGUCACCACCGAUCCUGCAGUUUCGCCUGCUGCGCCUGCUGCUGUCGCCACCGUUCCUGCAGUUUCGCCUGCUGCGCCUGCUGCUGUCGCCACCGUUCCUGCAGUUUCUCCUGCUGCUCCUUCCUCUACUGCCACUCCUGCUGUUGCUCCUGCCGCUCCUGCUCAUGCUGCUGCUGCCGCUCCUGCUGCUCCUACUCCUGCUGCUUCUGCUGCUCCUUCUGCUCCUGCUGCUGCUGCUGCUGCUCCUGAUGCCUCUGCUGCUGCUCCUGCUCCUGCUCCUGCUGCUGUCAUGGCAAUUGCUGCUGUGGAACAGGCAGCUGGUAAAGAGCCUGCAGCUGGUAAAGAGCCUGCACCUGCAUUCGGCAAGGCGGUUGCAGCUGUGGAGGAGGGUGGGGUUGAGGAGGAGGGUGCGGGUGAUAAGGAGGCUGCACCUGAACAGGCAUCUGCAUCUGAGAAAACGCUUGCGCUUGGCAAGCAGCCUGCUGCGGGGAAAGAAGGAGCAGCUGAGGAGGUGGAUACACCUGAAGAAACACCUGCACCUGAAGAAACACCUGCACCGGGGAAGGAAGACACAGGUGAUAAAAAGGAUGCACCUGAACUGGCACCAGCACCUGAGAAGCACCCUAAGCCUGAAAAGCCGUCAGCACCUUUGAAGCAGCAUCUGCUGGAGGAACAGCUGGUGCCUGCAUACUCUUCUGGUCCUGAGGAAAUGCUUGCACCUGAGAAAGCACCUGCACCCGAGAAAACACCUGCACCUGAGGAAACACCUGAGGAUGGAGGUAAGCCUGUUGUGACAGAUAAGCCUGCCAAAACGCCUGACAAGGUGCAUGCGUCUGUUGCAGCACCUGGGGAAGAGCGUCCACCUGGGAAAACACCUGAGGUGGAGAACCAGACGGUACAAGUGGAGGUGGGGCAGGAGAAGGCCGAGGUGGGGAAGGAAAUUGCCGAGAAGGAGCUCAAAGCUGGGAUGAAGCAGCAGGUGGCACCUGAAGAAAAAGCACCUGAAGCUAAGGCACCUGAAGAAAAAGCACCUGAAGCGAAGGCACCCGAAGGGAAGGCACCUGAGGAGAAGGCACCUGAGGAGAAGGCACCUGAAGAGAAGGUACCUGAGGAGGCACCUGGGGAUGGUCCUGAUGAGAAAGCACCUGACUCCUGAAACAAAAGCUUUUGUCGGACCCAAAACAGCAGCAGCAGUGGCAGAAAGUGGGUGAAGUGAAGGGAGGGGAGGAUCUAGGAGCUUUGUGCAAAAUGAUGGGGCUUGCAGGGAGCAGCACUUGAACAAGCCGAAGCCUGAUAUCUUUGGUAGAGCGGCCUUAGUUCUCUCAGCAGCCUACAGUUAGACCACAGGAAGCAGCUGCUGUUACAGGAGGCCUAACGGUGUUACAAAGAGUGUUACAGGAUACACAACGGGUUGACCUGAUAUAUGUGCAGGUGUUACUACAAGAUGCGCGGACAUUACGAGCCGUCAUCAUGAUACCCUACUGGUAUAAUAUUUUGGUUUUGGCAGCUUCUGGCUGCUUGCUUGCUCGUAGAUCUCUGACCUAGAAGUGUAGCUUAAUUAGUAUUGUACUGUAACUGCACAUUCAUUAGUUCAUAGAGCGAUUUUUCAUUUAC